GAUGGGGGGGAAAUUGAGGCCGCCUGUGUUCACUUGCUGAUCGGGGUGCGAAAUGGUGAGCUUCUAGAAGUUUCACUCCGCCAGUGUCGAGCGCACGUGUUUCUCAUCUGGUGAAGAGUGAGUGUACAGCUGAGGUUACCAUUUGCUGACCGAGAGGCGUCAUGUCUUCUGGAAGAUCAGUGCUGGGGCGCCCCCGACGGACCAAAGUGUACGACUGCAACUACACGGCCGGGGAGCGCUACUACAAACCGGUAGUGGAGUCACUGGACCGGAAGACUAGGCCAACUGGAAGAAUAACUCCUGACAACUUCGCGACGCUGAGAUCUUCACUGGCUUCAGACGAAUUUGAGGCGCCAAGUUUCCGACGCCCUCCCCCUAGACUAGAUGACGAUUAUGACGUCGAAGAACCACGCAGGAAUGUUAACUUAGGUCUCAUCGAUGAAUUCGACUCAAUUUUUGAAAAUCGUAACAGAUCCCUCAGGGGGGAAAUUUCACCGAGCAGAAACCUCAGAUCAGCAGAAGACGAAAUCGAUCAGGAGAUUUCGUCAUAUUUCAAACGUGCCAAAGAAUCACGAGCUGCCAGACAGACAUUAGAAGAUGAAUUUGAGACAGAAGUGACACCCAGAGGCAGCAAACGGCGUCCAAUUGUAGAUUUCCAGGAAAAACUCCUGGACACGGUCGGGGUAGACAAAGCUCGACUGACGAUUCAGGAUGACCCCUUCUUCAAGAAGCGUACACUCAGGGUUACAACUGAGGACGACGAAGAGGCGCCAUCCCUGACGAAGUGGACGUCUCUGAACCGUCGCAGUCUGUUGGACGGCGACACUGAGGCUUCCGGUUCAGCCGCAGCAAGGGCUCGUAAGUCGCGGUCACGCCUUCAAGACCUGGACGCCGAAAUUGAGGAACUGGCGGGUCGCUCUGCGGCCCGCGAGAAGAGGGCUGCCCAGCUGAGGGCCCUGGUGAAGGAAAACGAGGCGAACGCUACCGAGAACUCCGUAGCGAGUAGCAGGGUUGUUCAGAAAGCUGCUAUCAGAGCCGAGAAAAAAACGGUCACUUUCUAAUUGUACCUCAAGGAAGAAAACGUUAAAAACCUGAAACUGAUUGAUCUUAUUCAAUAAAAGUAGAACUACGUGAUAAUAUAUCCCGCUGCAUCGCAUCAAAACAUCACGCAAUUGAGGAUACUGUAUUUGAGCGGAUCUGUCAACAAGAGGUUAGAAGUUUAUGUUUCAGGACAAAUAACUUAAUACGUUUUAAAAAAUUCUAAUUUCAGUGGCAACUUUUACGCUUCGGAAAUGGCACUGUUCGCUUUUAAAGCUGCAACACAAUGAGGCCAAAGCUAUGAAGCCUAAGGUGCAUGUUAAUAAUACUUAAAAAUCCAGUUCCAACCUCACAGAAAACAAACUGUAUCUCAAUUACAAAGGCAGUCGUUUCAUGCCGUACAGGAUGAAAAAUCGCUGUUCAUUCUCAUACGAAACAUACACAAACUCUUUGAGCAAAAUGAAAGCAGGUUUUACAUUAGUAACCACUGGACUUUAAGGAGCUGUAGGAAAGAAAUGGGAAUUCAUUUCGGAAUUUGAUGCAGGGAUCUGUAUUACAGAACUUGUUCUCCGUGUCAAGAACCGAGGACAAGUUUGAGUUUGUUUCAUUUUCAGUCCUGCAUCGACGUUUCGUCUCUUUGCGCCAUGAAUCUGACGUUAAUAGAAUAUUAGUAUGUCUACACAUUUAAACUCGAAUCUUAGGAGCCUUAGAAGCAAACAGUCUCAUAGAGUCAGACUCAGCUUGCAUCACACGUAUCAGCAGAGAUCUGGGAUGUUGUCAUUAUUAACAACGUUUAAUUUUAAAACCCCUUUGAGAGUUCUGUCCCCACAUUUUUUCCCCUUUGAGUGUAAUUUUAUAUGUUCACAGUUUCGCUAUAACUGGGUGAAACACAUCCUAAAGACCCGCUGAGAUCUAAUGAUUCCCAGCCCCGCCUGUGUGUGACAUAACAAGCCUUAGCGCGGGCGGAAGAAUGUAGCACUCUUGUCAGUCGCAAUCCGAACCGAAUGCACCUGGCCAACAGGUGCAAAGAGCUCUGGUAAGGGGGCUCAUCAGAUCCCAGCGGGUCCGUAGUUUUGCGCGCGAACCAGCCAGCUCUUUAAUACGUCUCGUAAUAUCUCGAAGAACGCGUUAUGAAGAAACAGUGACGUAGGGGGUGAGUUUCUUAAUCAGUAAGAUUGAGUACUUAACGUAUGACAUGACGCGCCGUGAGAUAUGUGAUCUAGCUGUACAGAAAUGUACAUAAUUAUUUGACGGGACUGUACCAGCCUCCCAGUUAUGCAGUUCUCAACAUGUACAAAGGGUCAUGAACCGGUUACAAUCCGGAAUAUUUUGUAACAAUUUAUUUCAUAAUGUGAACAAACCCCUUGCAGUGUUAAGCUUCUACAUUUAUUUGUCAUGGAGGAAGGGUUUUGUAAUUGUGUACACACUGACAUGUCAGUGCCUUCAAUAAAAUGUUCUCGUGAAAACCUCA